AUGGCCUCCAAAGAUGCACAGAACCAACGAAGGAGAGGUCCGCCUGGUUUUCUUCCUGGAGCCUCAGACCCAGACCACAGCCUCCGCGUCCUGCCUUCCAGCCCAGAGACCCGAGCGCAGCAACCCGGUCACUCUCCGCCAGGCAGCCUCCCUCCUGGGCUAGAACACUUAAGCCAGUUAGACCUGAUAAUUAUACACCAGCAGGUGGAGCUUCUCGGAAUGAUACUUGGCACUGAAACUUCGAACAAAUAUGAAAUUAAAAACAGCUUGGGACAAAGAAUAUACUUUGCCGUGGAAGAAAGUGUGUGCUUCAAUCGUACUUUCUGUUCCACCCUGCGGUCUUGCACCCUGAGGGUCACGGAUAACUCCGGCAGAGAGGUGAUCACAGUCAACAGGCCCUUGAGGUGUAACAGCUGCUGGUGCCCUUGCUACCUACAAGAGUUAGAAAUCCAAGCCCCUCCUGGUACUAUAGUUGGUUAUGUUGCACAGAAGUGGGACCCCUUUCUACCUAAAUUCACAAUCCAAAAUGCAGACAGAGAAGAUAUUUUGAAAAUUGUUGGUCCUUGCGCAACAUGUGGCUGUUUUGGCGAUGUGGAUUUUGAGGUGAAGACCAUUAAUGAAAAGCUGACAAUCGGGAAGAUUUCAAAAUACUGGUCCGGGUUUGUGAACAACGUUUUCACCAACGCUGACAACUUCGGGAUCCACGUGCCCGCGGACUUAGACGUGACCGUCAAGGCAGCAAUGAUCGGGGCUUGUUUCCUCUUCGACUUUAUGUUCUUUGAACAUUCACUGGCUGGAUUAUGA